CACAAUCCAAAAAUUGUUACAAACAAAGGUUUUUUAACGUUUCCAACAUAUGCACUGAAAAUAUAAACAGAUCCACCGACAAUGCUGCUGUAAAAAUAAUUAUUAAAUUAAAUCAAAACAGAGAAUUUCGGCAUCAAAAUGAAAGCGAAUAAAGCAGGAUUCCCCCUGUCCAGUGUCCACCUCUAUAGUAGAAGAAAAUAUAUUAAGAAUUACCGCAACCUGUAAAAGAAGUUAGGACUACUCCCAUUAUUUAAUUGUUUUCGAUGGAAAAUUUCGAUACUGGAUUUUCCCUAUUUAAGCAUCAAUCUCAUCUACUCGUGUGAUCCCACUUACCAAUAUCCUCUGUUUCUCUCUCUCUCACACAGUCACACACACUCGAAGUACUACCAACUCUGUUGAGUGUAAUCUCAAAAUGAGUCAUUCUGUAGUCUCGGCGGCCGAUGGUGUUAUUUCAUCGGUUCAUAUUCAAGAAGAAGAAGACGCCGGCGGCGACCAGGGUAACAACAGCUCCUCAUCCAUCCAGGUGACCAGUCAUCUGUACUUGAAGCCCACUCAUGCGGCCGGAACAUUGGACCGGGAAGUGGUGUUGAGGCGGAUCCGCCACCGCAAGAGGGUUAAUAAUGUCAAGAAGGCAUUCCAUUCUCUGCUGAGCUACCCUUUCUCUACCAGGAAUGUUGACAACAAGGCGGCGCCGCCGGCGCCGGUUCCUCAGACCGUCAAAUGGGCUGAUGAUGCUUUUGCUGCCCUUUGAUUAGUUGUGAUUGAUUGCCAUUACCAGUUCAAAACUUUGUUUAGUUGUUGUUAAUUUUAGUCAAUUGUUUUCGUGGUACUAGUAUAGUAAGUCGUACAAGAUUUGAGAACAAUUGCAGUUUAUUAGCUAUGGUUCGCCUGACUGUGUAAUUUGUACAUAUAUUUCUCAAGAACAUUUUACUAUGAAAUUUCCAUUCUAUCAUUUGUGGUUUCCUUUACAAAAUAACUUUACUAUUUUUAUACCAUUUUGCUCAUUUUAUGAUGAUACAGCAGUAGAGAUAGAUGAAAUAUUGCAAUGCUGGCUACAAUUCCAGUUACCAUUAGGAGUUUCAUGAAGAAAAGAAGAGAGCGCCUAGAAUAAGAAGUGAGGCUGGGACUUCGCCAUCCCUAACCGCCUUUGAUUUAUUGUAUCACCCAUAAUUGAUCAGACAAACUAGUGAAACACAGAUUGCAAUACCGAAAUCAAAG